AUGUUUAUUCAUCAUCGCGAUGAUGAUCAAAAUUCCACGAACCACAAGAUGCAUCAAGGUGGUUCACAAGAUUCUCUCAUCGUAGUUGUAGCCUCUGGAUUUACAUGGGCUGAAAAUCUAGCCAUUUCCGAAGUGAAUGGAAUCGCUUUCAUGAGUGAUAUAUAUGGAGAAAAAUUAUGGCGGAUAUACUACAAUGAAAGUAGUGAAAGAUUUGAACAGCAUGUGUUUUUAGAUGUGGAAACGAGUCCAUUCAAUCAUUAUUUCGGAUUGGCUUUGUAUGAGACUGCAAAGAAUAGUUCAAAAAGUGGUAAUUUUGAAAAUGGGAAUUCAGAGCUUCCAUUUCCUGAUGGAAGCGUAUUGUAUGUGGUAGUAAGGAAUCACGCGGAUGGUGAAUCCUAUGUAAUUUCCAUGGAUCCAAAUAUUCCUUUCAAAUAUCAAGUCGUGUCACGGUUACCAAAAGUAGGAAAUGGUUUGGCUCUCCACAAAAAAACUCAUUUACUCUACGUCACCACAGAAGGAGGAUUUCUUCCUUAUGGAGGGCAAGUGUAUCAAGUGAACCCUCGAACUCGAUCCUGCACAACCAUCCUCACCGAUUUGUAUGCAGCCGAUGGUGCGUUUAUUGAUCAAGAGAGAAAUUGGCUCUACGUUUCUCAAGUGAUUGGUUCAAAGGUUCUGGUUAUUGAUUUGGAAAAAUUGGAAACUUUGAAAAUAGCGAAUAGUGACAACUUUAAGAGAGAGGAUAUUGUGAUCCGAGAAUUUAUUGCACCUUGUGAGAUGUUGGAUGAUUUUACACUCUCUCGCGAUGGAAAGAUACUGUAUGGCGCAGAUUUCUGGGGAGGAAAAGUCGUAAAGUUCUCCGCUUGGGAUGGAUCUAAUUCGAGUGUGAUAGCAAGCGAUUUAAUUUUCCCAACUUCUGUUCGGUUAGGUCCAAGAAAUUUAAGACCUCAUUCUUCGUCACAGAUUGAAGAUGGGGAGACAAUUAGCAGUUUAUUUGUGACAGAGGGCGGGGGAUUAUUUCCAAGCAUGGUAAAAAAUAGAAAAUUGUUGGAAAUUUUAAAUAAUUAG